UCCGCCAUACACGCCCACACACGCGGUCGCGCGCACUUCGAAGCGGAUGUUCCCGUCAUCCCCUUCCGCUUCCUCGGACGGUUGGACUUGGGACCCGUUUUCCGCGAGGAUUCCCGCGCCCCGUCGGAGCCGCUGCUGCUUUUUGCCUUUGGAUCAUGCUGCUCCUUACCCUGUUGUUGUUCUUGCUUUUGGGCCUAGCAUCUCCUGUGGAGGUGAAGCGCCCACGGGGUGUCUCCUUAACAAGCCAUCACUUCUAUGAUGAAUCGAAGCCAUUUACUUGUCUAGAUGGCUCAGCAACAAUAGCCUUUGAUAGAGUCAAUGAUGAUUACUGUGACUGCAAAGAUGGAUCAGAUGAGCCAGGAACUGCUGCAUGCCCUAGUGGCCGUUUCCACUGCUCCAAUGCUGGCUACCGACCUCAGUACAUCCCCUCCUCCCGUGUCAAUGAUGGAAUUUGUGACUGCUGUGAUGCAACAGAUGAGUACAACAGCGGCAUUGUGUGUGAAAACACCUGCAAAGAAAUGGGCCGAAAGGAGCGGGAGGCACUAAAGCAGAUGGCUGAAGUGGCCAGAGAAGGCUUCGAAAUCAAGCAGGCCCUGAUGAAGGAAGCAAGCAAGAGGAAGGAAGAAAAACAGAUAAAGCUCACUGAGCUACAGGAGAGCAAGAAGUCUGUGGAGGAGCAAGUGGAGACCCUGAGGUCGCUAAAAGAAGCUGCUGAGAAACCUGAAAAAGAAGCCAAGGAUAUCCAUCAGAAAGCCUGGGAGGAACAGAAAGCGGCCGAAAGAGCAGCGAGGGAUCAAGCCAAAGCAGAAGAAGCCUUUCACGAGCUGGAUGAUGAUGGAGAUGGAGUGAUAUCUGUUGCUGAGCUCCAGACGCACCCUGAGCUAGAUGCAGAUGGUGAUGGGAUCCUUUCAGAAUCAGAAGCCCAGACUUUACUGGACAAUUCCUUGCAGGCAGAUGUGGCCAGAUUCCAGGACACUGUGUGGGCAGCGAUCAAGGAGAAGUACAGACCAGAGAGCUUGGUUGAUGUGCAGCCCCCACCAAAAGGCCCAUCAGAUGAAGAGCCAGAUACUCAGCCUGAUGCCCACGUGGACCAGUUACCUCCUGAUGACGAUUAUGACGAGGAGGAGGAUGAAGAUGAAGAACCUGAGGAAGACAGCGUUGAUGAGGAGGUCCCUUCCCCCAAGCCAUCGACUGAUGUCAAGGCAUCAGAAGAUGAACUGGAGAGGAUGCCCCCUUAUGAUGAAACCACACAAGCUCUAAUUGAAGCUGCCCAGAAGGCCCGAGAGCAGUUUGAAGAGGUAGAGAAGUCCCUGAAAGAAAUGGAGGAGUCUAUCAGGAGCCUGGAGAAAGAGAUCUCCUUUGAUUUUGGACCUCAUGGUGAAUUUUCUUACCUCUACGGCCAGUGCUAUGAACUCACCACUAAUGAAUAUAUUUAUCGCCUCUGUCCCUUCAGCAGAGUGUCUCAGAAACCCAAACAUGGCGGCUCGGAGACCAGCCUUGGCACGUGGGGCUCCUGGAGCGGUCCAGAGGAUAACAAAUUUGGUGUCAUGAAGUACGAACACGGGACAGGCUGCUGGCAAGGCCCCAACCGAUCCACCACAGUGAAACUUACAUGUGGCAAGGAGACAGUGGUCACAUCGACGACAGAGCCCAGCCGCUGCGAGUACUUGAUGGAGUUUAUCACCCCAGCAGCCUGCCAGGAGCCAAAAGACCUCGGUCACGAUGAACUCUGAGGCUGGCAGAUUUGCAAAAGAGCUGUUGUCAGUGGGACCAGGUUCUAAUCGACAUGAUUCAAAGAAGCACUGCAAAAUUUACUUCUCUUCCCCCCCUGGGGCUGCCCCACAUGGACCCCCGACAUCCUUUCUCCACUGUUCGCGCUGCUCUUCCUCAGUGGACUCUGGAGCUUUUGAAUAAUUAUGUUUACCCUGUGAAACACUGGGGAUUGAGUGUGCCCCCCCCCUUUUUCCUUCCAGGGCACCAUCUGCCCAGAUCAUGCACAACACACAGGACUGCUCAGCUGCUUGGGCCAUUUUCUUGCUGGGGAAAAGGCUUCCUCCGCCUCUUAACGGUUGCUUCUUUGUGGGGGAAGAGCCCUUACUUUUCAGCCAUGCAGAGACUUCAGGCCUUUUCCCCUGAAGCUCUUCUCUCCUGCCAGCAUUUUCUGUUCCAAGCCAGAUUUCCACUCUGUCUGAGACAGCUGAAAGAAGACGACUGGGAAAAGAACCUGCUCCUUAGCUUGCCCCCUGCACUGCCAAUCACAGCCUGGUUGUUGUUGUUUUAAUCUGCUGUCUGAUGUUGAACUCUUAUUAAAAAAAACACCACACCACCACAUUCCCUUCCAAUAAACGUCUCUGCUCUCUUCUGUC